AUGUCGAAAGCACACGAGCGUCUCUCCCAGGUCCAAUCUCAUCUCGCCUCUUCCGAAGCCGACAUCCCCCUCGGCCGCGAGUCUAUCCUAUCCAAGUCCCCCAAUGAUAUCGUCAUUACCUGUGCUCUCCGCACUCCUUUCACUAAAGGUGGGAAGGGUGGGCUCAAAGACACUCCAGCCGCCGAUCUCUUAGUCCAUGCACUCAAAUCCCUGCUCGCCCGCUCGAAACUCGAUCCUUCUCUCGUUGAAGAUAUAGCUGUGGGAAGCGUGCUACCGCCCGGCGGAGGAGCUACUGAGUUCCGGGCAGCAGCACUCGUUGCUGGAUUUCCUGAGAGUACAGCUGUGAAGAGUCUGAACAGACAAUGCUCGAGUGGAUUACAAGCAUGUGCUGAUAUUGCCAAUGCCAUUCGUUCGGGCAUGAUUGACAUAGGCAUCGGCUCAGGUGUUGAAAGCAUGAGCUCUCAGUAUGGUCCUGGGGCAGUAACCGAAUUCUCCGAUUUGCUCGAAUCUGACCCCGAAGCUAAAAACUGCAAAGUACCUAUGGGCGUGCUGUCCGAGCAGAUGGCAAAAGAUCGGUCGAUAUCGAGGAAAGAUCAAGAUUCAUUCGCAGCGUCGAGCUAUCAAAAAGCUCUUAAAGCGCAGAAGGAAGGGAAAUUCGAUGAGGAGAUCGCCCCACUGCACAAUGUGAAGUUUGUGGAUAUGAAAACGGACGAGGAGAAGGUGAUUACAGUCGAUAAGGACGAUGGGAUACGAGAUGGCAUUACAGCCGAGAGUCUAGGCAAGAUUAAGCCUGCUUUUGCUAAGGAUGGUUCUAUUCAUGCGGGCAAUGCUUCGCAAAUCACCGAUGGUGCCGCUGCAGUUCUGUUGAUGAAGAGGAGCACAGCGGAGAGGCUAGGUCAGAAUGUUGUUGGUAAAUUUGUGUCCAGCUCUAUAGUUGGAGUCAAGCCACUCCUUAUGGGAAUUGGCCCAUGGAAAGCUAUUCCUGUUGCUCUGGAGAAAGCAGGGAUAUCUAAGGACGAGGUGGAUGUCUUUGAAAUUAAUGAGGCUUUUGCCAGUCAAUGUUUGUGGUGUGUUAAGGAGUUGAAAUUAGAUGAGAAGAAGGUCAAUCCCAACGGAGGUGCAAUUGCUUUGGGCCAUCCACUGGGCUGUACCGGUGCGAGACAAGUGGCGACGCUCUUUAAUGAGCUGGGAAGGACGGGAAAGAAAAUCGGUGUUACAUCCAUGUGUGUCGGUACGGGGAUGGGUAUGGCUGCCGUCUUUGUGAAAGAGUGA